UAAAAAAAUUAUUAAAAAAAAAUAAAGCUCAUUUCAAGAGGACCGAUAGUUUUAUGUGCGAAACAUUGAUACCAGCAUCUGAGAUAGAGAAAAAUCGAGUUUAUUUGGAUUUAGAAGUAAAUCUCUGGACAGAAUACUCAUGGACUCAUAAUAAAUUGAAUCCAGCCGCAUAUACUGGCGAAGAUAGAUCAAAAUUUGAGUUAGCCGACUCCUGGCCUGAUCAUAUUCCAAAAUUCAAAGACACAAAAAAAUCGUGUUUACUUUCUCAAAUGCAAAGAAAAAUCAGUCAAGAAUCAGAUAUGGAUGAAUCAGACUCGGAUAAAAAGGCAUACGAAGACAGUCUAAUUAAUGUAUCUGGUAUAUCAAUUAAUGUUUCAGACUCAACCCCAUCAUUAUUGCGUAACAGUAGAAGAUACACGUAUUCUGACAAAAUCCUAGCAGGUAUUGAAAAAAAGGAAAAAGCUGAAGCAGAUUAUGUGAAAUACUUAAUGGCACUUCUUUCUUCAGCUGAUUCACUUGGUCAAGUUAAACAGAUAUUAAGUGACAAAGGAGAACUAUCGGAAGAUAUGCGAGAAGCCCUUGAUAGAGCUAUAAAUCAAGAAGAAAAAGAACAAAAAAAAGCUUCCAAAGUGCCCAUACAACUUAUCAUAAAAAAGAUUCAAAUAAUGAAAAAUCGUGAAAGAAUUCCUGAAUUAUACAAAUUAUAUAACAAAAAUCAAGUUAAAUUGCAGAAGUACGAACAUCGUAUUUUCAACUCAACACUAGAACCAACACAAUCUGAGAGAGAGGAAAGACGAGUUCUUUCGAAUUUAGGAUCAGGUUUCUUGGCAGAAUUAUUAUGGAUUGAUGAAAAUUUGAAUCCAAAUUUAUGUACUGGCGAAAAAAAAGAAAAACUUAAGUUAGCCGAAUCCUGGCCUAAUUCUGUUCCAAAUUUCGAAGACAUAAUAAAAUCGUGUCGACUUUCUCAAAUGCAAAGAAAAAUCAGUCAAGAAUCAGAUAUGGAUGAAUCAGACUCGGAUGAAAACGCAUACGAAGACAGUCUAAUUAAUGUAUCUGGUAUAUCACUUGAAUAAUCUUUCAAUAAGAAAUAAACAAAAUUUGAAUGAUUAAUACUUUCUAUAAAGAUGCUUAAUCAACAUCAUUAACAACCUAUCUUUUAGCAUAACAAUAACAUAUGUUGAAAAAAUAAAAAAAUCUUCUUACCUUGUGAUGAUGAAUUAUCAU